AUGGAUACUCAACGACAGCACCACUCCGGGAAGAAGCCACUGUCGGGCGCAUCGAAAAGACCUGACGCAUUCUGGAGUUUGAUUGUGCCUUCGGCACGCCUAAAGAAGGGAAGGCUAGAUCACAACAAGGGAGCCACUCCAGCACCCCCUCAAUUAAGCCAUGCUGAAGAGCUCAAGGGCACACAACCAGCGGUUCGCAAAGAGAAGGGAACCCCUCAUGUCAUAACAAGAGCAGAUGCAACAGAUCUUCACACCCAUCUUGGUGUGACGCCCAAAGUCCCAAAACCCAUGGAAGGCAGAGCGAAAGGAAGACCAGAAUCCGGCACGAGAGAAAAACCAGUAGACCUUGAUGCUAGCACUGAUGAAGAUCGCAAAGGCACGCAGGCUCAGCCUGGGACACGCAGAGAGAAAAGAAGAUCGGAAUCCACCGCUAGAGCACAACCAGCACUCCCUUACAUCAGCCUUGCCGAACAGCUCAAGCGCAAACAGCCUGUGGAAAACGAUAAGCAAGUUGACAACGGUGGGCUCUUUGAGCGCGGGUUUUUGGCUCCGACCUCUGCGUUAAAAAGGGAAGACAAAGACGAAGAAUCUUCUGAAGGGCCGGACGACAUAGAAGGGUCGGACGACGACGAAGGAUACCCGUCGAGGAUGACGACGAGGAUGACAGCGAGACUGCCUCUGAUGCUUCGAGUCCUGCUAAACAGAGACCCCAACCCUCGUAUGGAACGCCUCGAAGAGCAAGUGCCAGAAUCCGAGGAACGGAAGAAGGCACCUUCCCAACCAGCAAGCGCCAAAGGUGAAAGACCAAGAAAGAGAGUCAAAUUCAGGGUCGAGGAGUCUGACGAUGAUUCUGACGAAAAUUUUGGCGAGGAAGAGGACGAGGAGGAGGCCGCUAACAGGAGCGUGCCUUACAAAGUGAAUCGCCGAACCAAAGCCUGCGCUCAGAGACAAAAGUUGUCAAUUCUGCCGGCUGUGCCUCCGCUAUCAAGGCAGUACCAGCCGUGGACCGAGAAGGAAGAUGAGACCUUAUUCAGUCUACGAAACCAAGGCAAGAGUUGGACAUACAUUGGCGAACGUAUACUUGGCAGAACAACGAAAGGAGCCAAGAGCCGUUGGGACAUUUUGAGAACCGAGUCUCUACGUCCCGUUGAGAGUCGAGCCAAAGGGCCCAGUCGACGACUGCAAUCUUCGGUUGUAUCUGUGAUGGCCAAAACCCCAAUGAUAAACAAACCCUGGUCCAAAGAUGAAGAGGAAAUUCUGAUAAGGUUACGCACUCAAGGUAAGCGUCUCAAGUAUAUCUGUAGGCAGAUUCGGGGUAAAUCAUACGCCGCGUGUAAGAAUCAUUGGCGCAAGAUCAAAGGCCAGUAUCAGCAGACGGUCACGGCUCCUAGAAAUCUUGAAUCUGACGGGAAGGGAGAUCCAUCAGAUCGCCGGGAUACUCGGUUUUCUUCUGCAAGCCAGCUUGACCAAGAGGCAAAAGAUGCCAAGUCAGACUCAAGUUCUGCCAUUGUUGAAUGCAAGCAUCCUAGGCCAAGCACCGAUGGCGAUUUACCCAUCGACCCUGAUGUCAGUAUCUUAUCAGCAACGCAGCCGUACCAAGAGCCCAUAGCAGUCCAUGUGAACCUAGCAUCUACUGUUGCUAGCAAGAGUCCCAAAUUCAAGGCCACUUUGAAAGAUUACUACGAUCAGCAGGCUUCAAACGCCCACGCGGUUGGCGAGGAUCUCUCAGCCAAUAUUAAUGGUUCAGCACCCCCGGAUCGGCCGGACCCGCAAGAUGUCAUUGCUAGAAGAGAUCCCGAGACCAAGAAGGAGGGGUCAUAUCAGGAAAAUUUACUGCUUGUAUCUCUCUCUGCGCAAGGAACGCAGAAGUUGGGAACACAUCGCCGGUCGCGUUCCUGGCCGCAAUGA